AUGUCUUCGACUUCGGUGGCUUCUUCCGAGCAGAAGAAUGAGAAACUCGUCAAAUCAACUUGGUCGGAUGAACAGAGUGUGCAAGGAACGCCAUCUUCACCAUCUUCAGCAUCAUCGACGUCCUCAAGGUCUGCACUAACGAGGAAAAGUGUCAUCGAGUAUAUUAGAUUGUUCUCUUUGAUCAUAGGAAUUUGUUUGGGUGUGAUUAUUGGAGCAUUGGACAUGAAUAUCGUGGCAACAGCCUUGCCGUCAAUCACCAACCAGUUUCACAGUAGCCAAGAUGAUGGGUGGUAUGGGACUGCAUACCUCAUGACACUGUCUGCUGUCCAGCUGCUCUGGGGACAUCUUUACAAGGCUUUCCCUGCCAAAGUGGUCUUCCUCUCAGCUCUAGGUAUCUUUGAAAUAGGCUGCAUUGUGUCUGCAACAGCUUCAUCCUCGGCGGCUGUGAUUGUUGGGAGAGCGGUCUCCGGCCUUGGUAGUGCUGGAUUUUUCUGUGGAUGUUUAAUGCCAAUGGUAAAUGCCUUGAUUGGACUGCUGAUUGGCUCAACGCAGGCAAUGGCACCCGUGGUGGCUGGCGCGUUGACCUCUGGCCCUGGAUGGCGCUGGUGUUUUUGGAUCAGCUUACCUAUAGGAGGAAUUGCCUCAGUAUUGGUUAUGCUAGGUUGUUCUAUCCAAGAACCUGCAGAUCGAUUGAACGGAAAGACAUUGCGAGAGCAUUGGGCAUUGUUCGACUGGGUGGGCCUUGGCUUAUGGAUUCCCUUCAUAGUCUGCUUCAUGCUCAUCCUGCAGUGCGGCGGAUCGCAGUACGGAUGGACGAGCGGAUCGAUGGUAACUCUGUAUGUGCUAACGCCUAUUCUGCUCGGUGCAUAUGUGAUGUGGCAAUGGCGCGUAGGCGAGAAUGCAUUGACGCCUACCCGAAUCAUGUCACAACGAAGCAUGGUGGCUGGGUCUCUUUAUAUGCUCUUCAAUGCCGCAGUUGAGUCGCAACUCCCGUAUUUCGCGGCACAGGGCAAAACCGCUUUACAAGCAGGCACAGACACUCUCCCGUAUUUAAUCUCGUUGGUGGCUUUCUUCAUCAUUGCGGGCACUGGGACGACCGCAGUGGGCUACUAUGUUCCAUUCAUGAUAUUCGGUAGCGCCAUUCUGUCUAUCGGGGCCGGCCUUUUAUCCACGUUCACAGUGUCGACACCCCUUGGUCGGUGGGUAGGCUACCAGAUCAUAGCAGGCGCAGGGCUGGCACUGGGAUUUGAUGCUCCCCAGCUCGCUGCACAGACUGUUUUCAAUGCGGCUGAACAUGACAUGACGAUCGCCCUGACUAUCAUCACCUCUUUGAUGAACCUAGGCGGCGCAUUGGGUGUGAGCAUUGGCACGCUUAUCAUGAACAACCGGGCGGCCACACUGCUCUUGGGCCAUGUGCCAGGACUUACCAGUUCGACAAUUCAUAAAUCUGGUUUGACAGACAUACUAUCUUUGGUUCCAGCAAAGUAUAGCUCCACCGUGUCCGCGGCAUAUGCCCAAGCUAUUCAGACUGUUUUCUAUUCCACCACGGCUUUUGCGGUCCUCACCUUUGUGAUUUCGUGGUUCAUGGAAUGGAAGUCAGUGAAGGAUGAUCAUGCAGCAAUCUCCGAGGAUGAAGAGAAUGGAAAAGAAAAGUGA